CUUAAACUGCAUAAGCAAGUACAAUGGCAUCAAAUCAGAUUCAGUGUGAAAUAUGCUUUAACGAAAAUGCAGUUGGAUAUUGCAAAACCUGUGGAAACGUUGGAAUAACUUGUAUAGGUGUUCACAAGACAGUACAGGUGUUUCAAACUCACAAUGUCAGUUUGAAUGAGGAAAAUAUUGAUAACCCAACGGUCACUAAGCGUGACAUCGCCGAAGAUAGAUGUAAGCAGCAUCCGACAGAGAGAACGAGAUUUCUAUGUGAAAUUCAUGAUUCUUUGAUUUGUGGUAGAUGCUUUCAUUCGGAACAUUCUUCUUGCGUUGAAGAGGUUGUCGACUUAUUUCAUGGAAAUAUAAGCAUUGAUUGCAAUAAAAUCAACUCAAUGAAGUCACUGUUCACUGAGUUGAAAGCUGAAAUUCUGUUUUUGAAAGACGAGGCAGAACACAGUAGGGAAAGCAACAAGGAUAAUGCUGAUAAAUGUGUGGAUGAGUGUAUGGAACUAGGAAAUAAAAUAAAACAAAGGGUAGAUGUAUUGACAAGAAACAUUAAAGACGGAAUAAGAGAGAAAUAUGAAGACAAUAUGAACACCUACUCCCAUAUUACUAAGACGUGCGAUGAGAAAACCAAGUGGUGUGACAAUGAAGAAAGUAAAAUUGAUGAUUUUGUUGACAAUAAAAUGGCUGGGCGCUUGUACCUCGUGAGUAGAAGUUUUGAGAGUGAGGUCUCGGACGCUCGAUCCCACAUCAAAGAAAUCAAACACAAACACACGUUUAAAGGGAUUGACUUUAAAGAAAACAAAGUAAUUCUUAAAUGUGUGUUUGAGAAAUUGGGGGAAGUUUGUGAACAACACGAAGAAGUUACAGGAAGCGACGAAGUACAUGCCAACGAUGUUGACGCAUUCAUCACAGGAACAAGCAAUGUAUCGCUUACUACACGGCGAGAGCUCGGUGCAUUGUUGAAAAAGUCAAGAAAUGAAUUUGACGAAUCAGAAAAGUUACAGACAAGACAGUCACUGCGUGAUGAGUUGAAACAAGUACAAUACGACCUGGAUAAUUCAGAAAAGACAACACAGUCUCUGCGUGAUGAGGUACAACAAAAGUAUCACGACCUAGAUAAUUCAGCAAAGACACGGCGAGAGCUCGGUGCAUUGUUGAAAAAGGCAAGAAAUGAAUUAGACGAAUCAGAAAAGACAAGACAGUCACUGCGUGAUGAGUUGAAACAAGUACAAAACGACCUGGAUAAUUCAGAAAAGACAAUACAGUCUCUGCGUGAUGAGGUACAACAAAAGUGUCACGACCUAGAUAAUUCAGAAAAGACACGGCGAGAGCUCGGUGCAUUGUUGAAAAAGGCAGGAAAUGAAUUAGACGAAUCAGAAAAGACAAGACAGUCACUGCGUGAUGAGUUGAAACAAGUACAAAACGACCUGGAUAAUUCAGAAAAGACAAUACAGUCUCUGCGUGAUGAGGUACAACAAAAGUGUCACGACCUAGAUAAUUCAGAAAAGACACGGCGAGAGCUCGGUGCAUUGUUGAAAAAGGCAAGAAAUGAAUUAGACGAAUCAGAAAAGGCACGAAUGGAUAUCGAACCGGAGUUAAAAGGAACGACAGAAGCCUUGAAUCGAGUUGAAAGGGAAAGAGCAAUACUCCAGUCGAAGUUUGCACACAUUAACGAACACUUGAAAUGGACGCAACCCACUGGGACAAUAAGGGUCAAUGCCAGCAGAGAAAUAUUGGAUUAUGGCAAACCAUCUAUAACCGUGUUGGUUUUUACCUUCCCGGAUGGCAUUCAGAUGACGCCCUAUGGGUCCCCGGGAAAACCGUAUACAGGAGUCAGUUUCAGAGGACGCUUGAGUAGCGACCAUGAGGGCGAGCUGCUAUGUAGAAUGUUAAAGGCGGCGUUCAGAAGAGGGCUGAUGUUCAUCUUAGGGAAGAGAGGAGAAGUUGACCUGGAUGGCGUCUCAUUGUAUAAUGGUGCAGUGUAUCAUAACCGCUAUAGUUUAAGUCAGGAUUACUAUGACUAAGUACGGACAUUGAAGACGGAACUAGCAGGCAAAGGCAUCACAAGGGAGAACAUAGAUCUAACGGAGAAUCUGAAAGAAACUUUCACUGUCGAUGGUCCGAUGUCGCGCUGAGUUAUGUAAUGAUAUGAUAGCGAAGGGAAUAACAGAGGCGCAUGUGGAACCUGACGGAAUCUUGAAAUCAGUCGUUCUCGGUCGAUUGUCCGUAUACUGUCCAAUGUCAACUGUUGUGGAUGUUAUAUCUUCCAAUGUACUUGCGUUAAAAAUGAAAUUUGUGGGUUGUAUACGAUGUUUUACGUAGUUGUUUCAAAUAAUCUAAGGACAUAUUAAUUUGAAAUGUUAUUUACCUUGGUAAGAAUUUCUACAUUUUAUGAUUAUUUUAAUUUGUUGGUUAAUAUAUAUAUAUAUAAAAACACAGUAAGCAUGAACUGUGCAUUCAAUGUUAAUGAUAUCAGCAAGUUAGAUUUAAGUUUUUGUACAAUAGUUGUAUAAUGUUACGUACUGUCAAUGAUUAUUUUUAACCAAAAUGUGUAUUUAUUUAGACCAGCAAAUUUAUCAAGAUAAUUAUUUUGAUUCGUGCGAAGCUCUGUGUGUGGUGUUAUAUGAUGUUGUGGGCAUUGGUCAGAGUCAUUUAGGCUUCAUCCUUUUGACUCUUAAAGCGUUAUUCGUCAUUUUGAUGUCAGCUUAAAUUCCGCUGUAGUUUGUAUUGUUUGUGUGAUUAUAUAAUACGUUAUGAUAUUAUUCUUCAUAACUAAAAUAUUUGGCUAUAACUGUGUUUCCUUGAGUGUUAUGUUACCAAUAUGUUGUCUUUUACAAAGAAUUAAAUCCAAUCAUAUUUUUUUAGAAUGUUAUAAUUGUCCAUGAGGAAUGUGUGCGUGUUCAUUUCAUUUUAAUAUGUUUUAAUGUUAUCAAUUAUGAAUAAAUAUAACAAAACCCAUAUUUCUCCCACCUCAGAUAAGUAGAUCCAAUAAUUUAACCAUGCUAGAUAUUCUUAUCUUGCCCACGGGCGAAGAUAAAAUGCCCGUAUGGAACUUCUUUUAAUGGACACCACAUUGUAUUUACCUCCCUUGUUGAAGACUGUCGUCUGUAGCGUCUGUUUGAAGCGCAUCAUGGAAACUUCGUCUUGUGGCAAUAUUUAGAACGCUAGUUAAUUAUUUCUCGCUUCAAAUGUCACCAGAAAACAGUUUUCACGCACCUUUCAAGAAAUAAUGCUUCACUCUUUUUUGAACUAUUUAAAGACCGAUCAGGCAAUUUACAUAAUCUGAAUCACUGCGCGAAUAUCCAUGACAACCACGAAUUAUCGCAUAUCCAUACGCAAUUAUUUUCACUUAGCACAAAAGAGUUCCAGCAAAAAAAUACAUUUUUACUUAAUUUUGUUUAACUGAGGUGGGAGAAAAACUAUCUACCAUAGCCGCUCGUGUAAGAUAGGUUCAUCCCGACCCUCGCGCAGGGUGUUUUGCGGAAACUCGGUAAUCCUCGUUUCCACAAAACACCCUACGCUCGGGUCGAAAUGAACCUAUCUUACGCUCUCGUCCAUGGAAGAUACUUAUAAUUUUCCCGCGUAAAAGACGUAAAUACACACAAACAUAUCGGACAUGCUUAGAUUGUCCUGCUUAGAUUGCUCACAUUUAAUAAAAGCUACAAUGUUUCAUAUCAGUGAUACAAUGGAAUCUACAGUCACGUGAGAAGCAGUCAAUACCACAACUAUAUAACCUUGUUCGAAGAUAGAAUAUAAAUAAAAUAGCACCACAAAACAGCACAUAGAUUUGUUUAUAUUUUAAUAUCAAUACAUGAUGGGUUCACAUAUGUUUAAAAUGUCAGUAAAAAGGAGUUUACCUUAGGGUUCAGGCCAAAUUUUAAAUGCUUGACCAAAACGAUUCAUAACGUUAUGUGUUAGUUUGAUUAAUUUAUUAACGGACGUAUUCGGGAGCGGAAGCUCCAGGUUACAUGCCCGAUCGUGUCAUACAAACAUUUUGAACGUGUUUGGAACUAUUAUCCCCUUGCAUGGCGCUUGGAAUUAAUAUGAUUAUAUUAUGAUUGAUGUUAUUGCAAAUUUGAGGUUGUGCGCGCGUGAAAAGCUUAAAUCCCCAGUCAGUUUGCCUUUUACUGAAUGUUUCAGGGCGGUAAUUCGAACAUGUAUCAAUAAUGUGUUUUAGUGCGUAAUUGGUCGAAUAGGGAUGUUUGUACGAUUUGUGUAUCUCGUUUGGUGAGUUUCGGGCCCUAGCCGUUUGUUUGCCAUUUCGUUUUCGCUCAAUUGUUUGAUUAAAAGGCCUGACUCUGUACUUUCAAUUGUAUUUGUUCAUUUUGUGUAAAGGCAUUUCGUGUUUAAAGCAACCUGCAGUAGUGAUUCACUACGUGCAGAGUUGUAGAUGUGUUACAUUACAAAAGGGCUUAGAGCAAUAUUAGUUUGUAUAAUUUCAGAGAUUAUUGUUAAACACUGUGUGUUUAUGUAUACAAGGUAUCUUUAACACGGAAUGCAAUGCAUGUAUUAUCGUGUAUAUCGCUUUUCCUUUAUUGUGAUUGCAUAAUUCUCUAGAAACAACUAUUUUUAACAUGCGUGAACAUACAUUGUUUAAAUUUAGAUUGACUGUAUCCUUAAUUUCUAAGUCCAAUCAUUAUACUGUAAUGAUCAGUUAAAUAUGCACUCUUACUUCCAAAGAAGAUUUACCACAAUUAAAGCAAUCGUUUUAGUAGACUUAAAAGGAUGAAUAAUUGUCGAAAACAAUGGUCCGUAUGAAGUAAAUUUGAAAGAAAGGUGCAAUGAACACGCUGUUUUUGCCUUAUGAGACGAUAGUAGAUCACAGUAAAUAUUUUAGGAAUCACCAAUCAUUUAAUAUGUUUGCGUUUCUAGCUCUGAAAUACACCAUUUCUAUCUUGUUAUCAGUAAUAAAAAAAAAUAAUUCCAUAGAUGUAUUUUUUAGUAAGUAGUUAAAGUAGUUUAAAUAGUUAAAGGUUUACCAUUUAAAAUGAAUGUUCGUAAUACAUGUGUAUGUAUUGAUUUUGAAUAAGAGUGUCACUUUAAAUUAGUAAAUUAUUACGAGGUAAAUGUAAAUGAAACGUACUGCUAUGCAGUUUAAUACGAUAUAAAUCAUUUGUACUGAGGAUCAAUCUUAUGUUGUUUUAUCUUGUCUUAAAUUGUACAAUUUUGUUUUGGAAGCGAUCCAAGUAUCCAUAUCAGUCAUAUGCUAUCAUAAUAUGGAAUUCAAUGUGUGUAGCCUUUUCGUAAUAUAAUCCCUUGUAAUGUAAUCAUUGCCAUACGCUGUUUGCUAAUAAUUGAUGGGACUUAUGAAAAUGCUUUGUAUUAUAAUGUUAUUAAUUAGGUGAUUUCAUAUUGGCCCAGUUAUUUGGAAAAUACAGCUGACCGAGGACAAAUAACUGGGCCAAUAUGAAAUCACCUAAUUAAUAAGUUUUUUAUUAAUUAACUAUUACCAUUUUGGUAAAAAAACAUUCUUAUAACUUACCUUUAGUUCACAUUGAAGCUGUAUUUAUACCUUAUUAAUUCAUGGUGUCUGCUUUUCUAGACUUGACUUUGCUGAUUUUGACAGUAAAAUUGCACAUACUUUUGA